AUGUGUGGCAUUGGAGCUCGUUUUUUAUUUCCAAUAACAUCGACUUUGGCUUCUUCUUCAUCGGAAGGAACAACCACAAAGAAUUGUUGUACGAGUGAUGAUACAUCAUCAUCCACAACAAGCACUGAAAAUCUUCAUCGGAAUGAAAAGAAUAACACUCUGAGUGGAUUGGAAAAAUUGCACUUUUUAUUACAGUAUGGUAAAUUACAAGAUGGUAGUGAACAAGACAUCCGUGAAAAUACUAGUUCUAUAGAUUCAACGAUAGAGCAAGAUUUGAAUGAUGAUACUGAUGAUGGAAGAAAUGAAAGUAUGGAUGAAAAGAUGGAAAAGAUUCGGAACAUUGGAUUUCAAUCCUCUAUCAGAAACAAUGAAAGGACUCCCGAACAAAUGAUUUCAGAUGCAUCUUCAUCCUCUACAACCAUUACAACCACUACUAAUUUGGAAUUGUAUAAUCUUGUUGAGGAAAUUUCUAGAGCAAUUUCAUCACGUGGUCCAGAUGCAACCACUGAUAAAAGCCUUUCAUUUGGAAAUGAUAUGCAACAACAAAUUCAAGUGACAUUGAUUGCCAGUUUGUUGGCACUGAGAGGAGAUCGACCAUUUCCACAACCUGUUUCUAUGGAUCAUGGCAAUAAUACUCACUGGUUAAUUUGGAAUGGUGAAAUAUUUGGCAAUGAAUAUUUCAGAGAGUGUGUCAUUGAACACGGAAAUGAUACUAUUUGUUUAUUGAGCCAUUUAGUGAAUUGUAGCAAUGAAACAGAAGUUUUGAACACGUUCGCGAAUAUUGAAGGACCUUUUGGAUUUGUUUAUGUAAAUACAACUGAUAAUUAUUUAUUAUUCGGAAGGGACAUUUUGGGACGAAGAAGUUUAUUGUACAGCAUGAAUGAAAGUGGAAACGAGCUUGUUAUUUCGAGCGUGGCAUGCCACAUUCCUGGUUUUUCGCAAUGGAGAUCUAUUGGAGUGAAUGGAAUUUUUAAACUUUCUCUAAAUCCAAACCAAACAUUACAAGAAUCGUUAGAACUCAUUGAGUGGAAUGAAAUUUAUAGUAGAACCCAAAAAAAACCUCUUAUUUCAGAUCGUCAUCUUAUUGAGCCACCAUCGACGAUCGCAAAUGCCUCAGAACAAGAAUCAGUACCACUAGUUGACUCUGAAACGUAUGAACAUGUGGUCGAUGAAUUUAUUGAACACCUUUCGAAAGCAGUACAAAAACGAGUGACAAAUAUUUAUGACAAUACUCAGGGACACGACGAAUCAUUGCCAAAAGUGUGUAUACUUUUUUCAGGAGGUAUUGAUUCUGUCAUUCUCACAGCGUUGACCCAUUUGAAUCUAGUCGACAAUGAAAAAAUGUCGAUAGACUUGCUCAAUGUUUCAUUUGGUACAAAUCAACAACAACAAAGCCAAUCGGCUGACAGAAAACAAGCCAUUGAAGCUUGGGAAGAAUUAAGCCAAUUAUAUCCAAGUAGGAAUUUUCGACUUGUUCUCAUUGAUGUAGACUCAACAGAGCUAGAUCGUCAUAGAAAGACUAUUGAAAAGUUGAUUUAUCCCCAAAAUACUGUGAUUGAUUUUAAUAUUGGUUCUGCAUUGUGGUUUGCAUCGAGAGGUCAUGGCUAUAUCUACAAUCCAUCAUCGAAAGACUCCAAAAUUGUUUACACAUCACCAGCUCGCGUCAUUUUAUGUGGAAUAGGUUCAGAUGAACAGUUAGGUGGGUACAAAAAACAUUUUAAGAAAUUUAAAAGAGAAGGUUGGAUUGGCCUCAAUAAUGAAAUGGAUAUGAACAUUAAGCGACUGUGGAUUCGAAAUUUGGGGCGUGAUGAUAGAGUCAUUAGUGAUCAUGGAAGAGAGUCCAGAAAUCCUUUCUUGGAUGAACCAUUCAUCAAUUUUUUGCGAGAGCAGCCACUAUGGUAUUUGGCAGAUUUUACUAAUGUCACUUCACCAACGAAUUCUACGGACAAUUCUGCUUCCGGGUUGUUGCCAGGUGAUAAGAAAAUUCUCAGGAGAGCUGCUCAGAAAUUGGGCUUAAAACGAUCAUGCAUGUAUGUGAAGCGUGCCAUGCAAUUCGGGUCAAAUGUGGCCAAGAUUUCGUAUCGAAAACAACAUGCAGACACAAAGAUUGAUAUUGAUUAUUGA